CUCAGCAAAUUGAUUGUCUUCUAUAAAAGGGAUGGUUUAGUCUGAGUAGAACUAUUUCUUCAGUGCAUGGCUCUUGAAACUAUCUGUUUUCUACAUUGAGUUACCAUUGAACAUUUCAGCUGCAAGUAAUAAUGGGAGUGACCUACAGCGUUGGAGAGCUCAACCAUCUCUACACCUUCUUUGUGCAAUGGUCCCCAGAAAUCUACACAACAGGCAGCAAGAAGGCCUGCAAGUCUUGCAAGUUCAGAAAAGACCAGCAAGAGAGUGAUAACCCUGCAGUGGACAAAGUCUUUGGCGUAAUCAACAAGCUCUUCAGAGACCGAUUUGAAAAGUUAAAAACUGCAAAAGUCUGGAAGAUCAUCGAAGUGAAGGAGACAAAACGGCGCCUGAGUCUGUGGAGCUCAGUGGUGUCUGAGAGUGAGUACCAGGAACCUGAGGAAACGCUUCCCGUCCUGAAACACGACAGCCAGCUGCUAAAUGACUAUCACUUACAGAAGGUGAGAUAUUAGCAGAGACCCAGUUUU